AUGGCAAAUAUAAUCGAUGAUGAUGAUGAUCGUCUUAUCGAUGCUGAGGAUUCUAGCACCGACGAUGAACAACAAGACGACGAAGAACAAACUCUUUCAUUACCAUCUGUUGCUGGUAGUGGCAAACGAAAGAUAAAGAAGUCCGAAAUGAAGCGAAAUAAAUUAAUUACUAUUCAGCCUGGUCUCAUUCGUUUAUCUGGUUUACCAUACGGGUUCUUCGAACGUGAACUUUACUCAUAUUUCUCUCAAUUCGGCGCUGUAACACGCUUGAAAUUAGUUCGUUCGAAGAAGACGGGCGGCAGUCGUGGUUAUGCGUACAUCGAAUUUGAAGAUGAAGACGUUGCACGUAUCGCAUCGGAAACAAUGAACGGGUAUUUAAUGUUUCGUUCGCUAAUUAAAUCACGUGUUAUGGAUCGAUCGAAAAUCGACACGGAGAAGUUAUUCGAAAACUGGAAACGAAUAUUUACGGUUAAAACGCCAAAACAAAAACGAGCGUUAUAUAAUCGAUUGAAAUCGGAUGAACAACUAGCGAAGAGUACCCAACGACGGGCGAGAAAAUUAUUGAAACAACAAGAAAAAUUAAAUGCAGCGGGAAUUAAAUACGAAUUGACGGAUUUUAUUCCAUUGAAUGCAUUGAAGAAAGAUAAAGAAAAUAAGUCUUCCGCCCCAACAGCAUCAUCAUCAACAACAACAACGCCGGCGAAGAAAACCAAUGUUGAAGAGAAAUCUCAAACAGAAAAAAAAAUUAACAAGCAAACCACAAACAAGAAGAAAAGCGUGAAAAAAUAA